UGUUUUGACUCACGGGGACUAUCCUUGUCAUCUUGUACGGAAGCAACUCAAUCAGCUUUCCCUCAGGACGUUUUGUGUGGAUAAAAGCAGAGCCAGCUGACAUGGGAAAAGUGGAAGGUGGGAUGAAAUGUGUGAAAUAUCUCCUGUUCCUGUUCAACUUCCUAUUUUGGUUGAUGGGAUCCUUUGUUCUGGCAGUGGGACUGUGGUUACGUUUUGACCCGGAAACCGUGUCCCUGCUCAACGGUGAUAAGGCUCCAGACACAUACUUCAUUGGCGUGUACAUCCUGAUAGGAGCUGGCAGUCUGGUGAUGCUGGUGGGUUUCUUUGGCUGCUGUGGAGCCGUUCGAGAAUCUCAAUGUCUGCUGGCUUCGUUUUUUGCAUGUCUGUUGAUCAUCUUUGGAGCUGAGGUGGCAGCAGGCGUGUUUGGAUUUUUGAACAAAGACAAGAUAAUCGAAGACGUUCAAAACUUCUAUGCCACAACCUACAAUGAAAAUAAUAACAGCACGUUGGUCAUCUCAUACCAGAAAGUACUGAACUGUUGUGGAACGUUAGCGAACAACUGUUCGGGUCAAGAACCAGGUACAAAGGACUGUGAGACGGGUGUAAAGGAUUUCUUCAACAGUAAACUUUUCAUCAUUGGCUACGUUGGCAUCGGCAUCGCUGGCGUCAUGAUCAUCGGAAUGAUCUUCAGUAUGGUGCUCUGCUGUGCUGUGCGUAACAGCAGGGAGGUCAUCUGACCAACUCAGAGAGACCAAAGACAAACAUUUGGUCCCACGUCCGUCAUCUGCCGAGCGAUCCGGAAAGCGGC